GUACCUGUGCUUCAAUUUCUUGAAUCAAGCCGGAAUGCCGUCCAUUUCCUCAGGCGUUUCAUAAACCCCCACAGGUUUAAUGCUCCCUAUUAAUACUAAUUUUAUUAUUCGAUAGUUCACUCAGUGAAGUUUUAUCGAGUAAUUAUUUAAAAUAAAAUUUAUUGGGCACUACAGAAUUACAAGUUAUCAUUGAAGACUAAUGGUCCAAGUUAGAUAUUUUAAUUUUCAGUUGUAGAUGUAUUAUAUGAAUUGCAUUUAAUAUUUGAAUCACUACCGUAGCCUUGUUUAUCUGUCUGGCAUAAAUGUGUGACAUUAAAAUAUUGUGUUACAAGGGUAUGUGUGGUAAGAUUAAAUAAAAAAUAUAUCCAGAUAUGUUUAUUUACCUGUCAAUUUAUUUUAUACUAAGUUGAAAUAUGAAAAAAAAGCCCAUUUUUCUCGCCUUGCCGGAACCUAGUCCCCAAUCGAAAACUGUUUUAAUUUUAAAAAGGACAUUUAAUAGGCUCACACCAUACAUGAAUAUACUUGUAUUAUUUAAAUAAAGCAAAUAUUAUUUUAAAAUAUUUUUGGCAGUAUUUGGAGUGAUUAAUGGAUCAGGUACAUAUUGCAGUCCAUGAAAGGUUCUUUAUAUAAUUCUUGUUGGUAGUUCCAGCAGUUGUACGAAAUAUUGCAAUAUAAAACACAUGCUUUAUUCAGAUUUUAUGCAUUGAUAGUUAUGUAUUGCUCAAAUUCUGGAACAAAUGGCAGUUUUAAUAUGUACGUUGAGGGAAAAAUCGAGGAGUUUUGUGUUAGUACCGUACAAAUAUUUAUAUAAUAUAAAAUUGCAAAGGUAUUACCAUGUUAGACCUAUUAAUGUCUGUGUUGUCACUAAUGUGCAACAUUAUAUUAGCAGUGUUGUACAUACUUGGAAUUUCUCCUAUUUUCAUUCACUUAUGGAAUUUGUGCAUGGGGCUCAACAACAAUAAACCAUCUCAGACCACUAAUCACCCAACAAAAGGCUGCAGUCAGAAUGAUAACAAAUUCCCACUACAGACAACACACUCCACCAAUAUUCAAAACUCUAAACCUACUCACAAUACAAAACAUCCAUACUUAUUACUGCACCUACUACAUACAUAGAACACUUAACUCUGACAUAAACCCUCCCCUCAAACAUCUCCUUACCAACCUUAACAGAACACAUGACCAUAACACAAGACACAGAUCACUCUUUGAUGUUCCUCGUGUCCAUCUCACGCUAUGCAAAAACUCAAUGCACAUAAAAGGCCCUAAAAUUUGGAAUUCAUUACCUGUGAAUAUAAAAGAAACACUGUCUGUUUAUAAAUUCAAGUCUCUCCUCAAAAAUCACUUACUCACCCACAACUAAAUAAAUACUGAAUAAUUGUAUCUCAUAAAUUGUAUCUCAUAUAUGUAUCAUUAUUGUAUCUCAUAAAUGUCAACCUGUGACCCAAUCAAACUUUGUUACUAUUUAACUUCAUUACCUAACAGAAUACUCCAUUCUACUGAUUACACAGCAACACAGUAAAUGACCAUAUGACCUGUCUUUGUAAUACUCAUUUGUACUAAAUUGUUAACUGUUUUACAAUAAUAUCAUUGCUUAUUUAAUCUUAAGUUAAUUUUAAGCCUGCCCAUAAUGCUGUGCAUACAAGGGGCUUUGGCAUGCUGCACUUUAAAAAUUGUAUUCCUUGUACUUCUCUGUAUCAUGUUCAAAUUAAUAAAUAAAUAAAUAAAUACGUGUCAGUCCUGUUGUUAUAGUCACCCCAAGUGUUUUCGUAAAAGAUGCAAACAUUUAUUUUGAAAUAAUAGAAGUUUUGAGUCCAGUUGUGUAAUAUAGUUUUGAUGUUCUCGUGAAGUUAAUAAUGUUCAAAGUGGUGAUUUAACUAGUAAAAAGAUAUAUCAACAAACAUGGUCAAUCUGCAGAAUGUACAGUUUUGGCCUAAAGAAUCAAGGCUAUUGCUAAAAGAAGAAAAAAGAGCUGUUUGAUGGAAAUUCAUAUUUCUUGACUGGAAUUGCCCAUGUGGUGAACAUUUUACUUGAUGUUAUGGGACAAUCUCAUUUUCUUGUGGUACAUCUGAAGACACGAGUGACAUUGAGAAAUACAUAAUCUUAGUUGAAAAUGUGCAGUGUGUAAGAGGACUUUGGUCUGAAGAUAGGAGGACAGAUAAUUUUCGCAAAAAUGUCAACCAAUGUAAUAUGUGAAAAUGAAAUGUUGAAGCGCAAAGUUUAUAAGAUAGAAUUAGACAAUAUUGCUCAGCAGAAGCGCCUUCAGCAACUGGAAAAGAUGGUAAUGGAGUUGACGUGUAAUAGAGCUUCAUCGCAUGUCUUAGACAGCCACCACCACCCUCCCUUCAAUAAGUCUCUCAGCAAGGAUAAGUGUGUGGAGAUAACUGAGGGAAUAAGUGAGAAGGAAAAGCUAUUUGGGAGAGCCAGUGAAGAGUUUGAACAAGAGUGCAUGAAUAAUAGUGACCAGUUGUCAGGAGAUGUGGCAAGUCUCAUGGAAGAGUUUGACAGAAAAGGUAGAGAAAAUGGAAUUAUAUAUGGCAUGGCUAUCAGUAGUAGUGUUGCUGACUCGGAAGAUUUAGCAGAAACUAGAAGUAUGGAUAACAUGACCACACUGUACCCCACCCCAUCAGAUUCAUAUGCUGAGAAUGUGUGCAGAUCUCCCUUACCAUCUCUUCUCACGCCUUCAUAUCACCAGUCUGAAAACUCAAACAUUAAUAAUUAUUCUUAUGAUAGUGAGCCUUUGAUCUCACCCCAGUUGUGCUUAACUACACCUGUCCUCCUUACUACUGAGGCUUUAAGAGAAGUUGAAAAGCACCAGGAUCUUUAUCAGGAAAAUUUUAAUUGUGAGAAAAAAAUCAAUGAGCAAAUACCAUGUAUUUGUAGUGACACUAAGAGCUUUGAAUUACCCACUUCUACCUUGGAGGGUAAACCCGUCAAGAAGCCAGCUGUGACCCUUGCGUUGGGCAGUAAAGUUACCCCAUUCUCCAACCUCCUCGCGGGCUUGCGCCAGGCAUCUAACCAAGUCCAGCAUAAUGGUUUUACUAAGAAUUAUUGCCUUACAAAGGGAGAUAAAUUUGUAAAUUCACUCCAUGACACAGUGUCCAAGAACCUGCAUUUUGUUCGGCCAUCUGGUUUUAGCAGUCCGAGCAGCAGUGUGUCUGGUCGCAUUUGCAAGUGGAAUCACUCCCUCAGGCUUCCACUGCUUUCCCCAUUAACAGGAAGCCAUUGCAGUGACCUGGAAACACAUGCAUCAGAUGGGGAAUUCUUUACUGAGUUGAUGUUCAAUCUAGCUGAGAUGGAAGAUACGGAGGCAUCAGAUGAGGAGGAUUUGGUAGUGGAUGAGGUUGUCUCAUUUUCGAUGACUGGAGGAAACCGACACCGCUCAGAAUCAUUUUCCUCCAUCACUGGUCCUUGUGUACCCCCAGAUCUUCUCAUGGAUACAGGAAAGGCAUGUGGUGAAUUGGGUAUCCGUCUUAGGGAAGUUAAAGAGGAGGAGGAGGAGGAGGAGGAGGAGGAGGAGGAGGAGGAGGAUGAUUUGGAAAAUAACAUAUUAUUAGAAAAUGCCCUGGUACCUUCUGAAGAUGCAGACACACCUACUUUGAAGGCAGAGCAUGACCAGUGUGUAGAAAUGAAGCUAAAUUUAAUAAGUGAAGAGGUGGCAAUUGAGCCUGAAGAGGAGUGGAUUGAAGAUUUUGAAGUCUCCAACCCUGGCAAAGAACUUGGGACAAUUACUUCUCAAGUAAUUGACGAGACUCUACAGACAAACAAAAUUCGGUAUGCAGAUGGCAAGGAUGUUAAACUUCCAGCUGGAUCUAUCGUUCUGGCAGUGGUGAAUGAGUCUGGCUCCCUAGUUCCUCUGCCUCAGCUGCAAGUCGAUCCACAAACUCUCUCUCGUGCAGUUACAAUGGAUGCACACGAAAAUUUGAUUGAUGAAGAGGUUGAUAUAGAGACAGUAACAGAAAAAACACCAGUUCUGGAAGCUGGUGAUCUUGAUAGUCUUCUAGCUCAGUUUGAGGCCUCCGAAGCUGUUAACAAAUCAGGUGAUAAUUCAGAGUCGCUUAAUAAAAGAAAGGAGAUCUGGCGUUCAAAACCUAUUGGCACAGUGGCAUCCAUGCCAAGUGGUCAACGACCAUCAGGCUCAGGCCAUGUUCUGUCACAGGUCUCACCUACACAUCAAAACAUUAAGGAUGCACUUCCUAAAGAGAUCAUAGAAAAAAUAAAAGCAUCAACGAAGCGCAAGAGUACACAGAUGUUGUCUGAACCAUUGGUUGUUCGCAAGGGAAGAGGUGUUAAGCAGCAGGAUGCAAGUCAUCCUCACACGAAGGCUCUUCGUUCAGUAUCACAGCCUAUUCCGCAGAAUGCACCAGACCUACGUGUGCCACCUCCUUUGGAUCAUGACUACUGCUUCUCUCCAGAAAAACUGAAAAAAAAUAAGCAAAAUGAAAAUUAUAGCAACACAAGUGAAGUUCUGUUCAACAAACUGCCUGAAUAUUACACCACCAUUCCCAGGCGGGAUAUAAAGCCUAGUUUAUCCUCUGAGGAUAGUCAUGAUGAUGGAGGCAAGAAAGACAGUGGUGUAGAGUCUGGUGAUGUUAGUGAUGCCAGCGUUGAAACUGAGGAACGCAGAAAAGAGGGAAAGGAUUCUAGAAAUUCACAAGGGGAGUGGAAUGAUAGACAAAAUGAAGAUAUAAAUGGCUAUAAAAAUGAAGUUUACAACAAAUUGCCUGCUUAUAUGACUGACAUUGGCAACUCAAAACCAAAAGAUGAAAUUGAGGAAGACAUAAACAACAUUGGAGAAGAGAAAGGAGAUGAAAAUAGCAAUAAAGAGAAAGAAAGAAUUAGUGAAAAUAGUGAUAAAGAAAAAGGAGAAGAGAAAAUGAUUAACGUUAAGCCAGUAGUGAAGUUGAUUAAACGGAAACUAAAUUUAUUAGAAUAUCGUCAGAGAAUACGCAGUGCCCAGAGCAGUUGCUGCCCCUCACCUACUCCUACUGAUAACAUUCAAGACACUUCUAGUAGCAUUCCAUUACCAGUGUCAGAUUUGGCAGGAAAAAUGGAGAAUAUUAAAACAGAUAAUGUAGAGCACAAACAAAUGGAGGAAUGUGAAAAUAAUUCAAAUGGCCAUGCAGUAACUGAAGAAGACACAGAAGAAGGGGAAUUAAAAGGAGAUUCUGAUCAAGAAACCUCAGUCAAACCUGGUUCUGGAAAUGUUAGUGCUGAGUGUGUCAAGGACUUCCCAUAUGGAGUAGCUAAGUCUUCAAGUUCAAUUGAGAUUAAAACACUGGAGAAAUCACUAUCAGUUAUAACCUCAUUUUACAACAGCUCUGCCUCGGUAAAUUACAGUAGACGAUGGAAAAGCAGUUCUCAUACUUCCUCUUCACGAAGAUGGUCAUCAUCUAGUAGAAGCUGUAGCAGAAGCCCAACUCACAGUAAGAAGCGUACCUCUCGUAAUCGCAGAUCCUCCCGAGGAAAGAGGAAAAGAACGCACAGGCAUUCUCAGUCAUCACGGUCUCCUCACAGUUCUUCUAGAAGGCGAUGGUCACGAUCUCGAUCGCAUUCAAGAUCAAGGAGCAGGUCCUCUUCUUCCAAUGGCAAUUCAUCGUGUUCAAGUUCUAGAUCACGGUCACGUUCUAGCCCUUUUAAAUCUAGAAGCAGAUGGUCCUAUUCACAUAGAUUUUCAAGUCGAGAGAGGAGAAGAUAUCACAGUCGUUCUCGUUCUCGCUCUUCAUCACGCUACAGCAGAGUAUCCCGAUCUCGUUCUCCUGUGUGGAGAUCCAGCAGAAGGUCGCGAUCCCCACAUUAUCGACUUCCUAUCAGGCCCAGGAGACCAGAAGAUGAAGAUAGAUCGAGACAGGUAGAAGAGAGGAGAGUUGUUUAUAUUGGUCGUUUAUCCGAGGGCACCUCCAAGGGAGAUCUUCGCCGUCGCUUCCAGAAGUUUGGAGAAAUAGUCGAUAUAAGCGUACACUUUAGAGAUCAUGGAGACAACUAUGGGUUUGUAACUUACAAAAAUAGAGAUGAAGCUUACAAUGCAGUAGAGCACGGCAAUGAAGACCCAUCUCUUCCACGCUAUGAUUUAUGCUUCGGAGGCCGGAGAGCAUUUUGCAGAGUCCAGUAUUCAGAUUUAGAUGCACAGGCCACUGACGGUCAUUAUCUUGAAGGAUCCGUGGGUCCCCCAUUUGCAAGAAAUUCAGGCACCAGCUUGGACUUCGAUUCUCUCCUCCGUGCAGCUAUGGACAGAAAGAAACGAUGACCUUCGAGUUGCAUAGUUUUUAUCUUUGUAAGAAGACUUAUUAGUUGACCUGUUUUGUAAAUAGGCUUACAUUUUUUUUUAAUAAAUGUCAGUGUUAAAAGUGUCAUCAGUAAUUCUGUCUAUGUUCCUGGACUUUUCCUGACAUUGUACAUUAUUUAUGUGACAAAAUGUAAGUGGAAAUCACUCCCCAUGGUUUUAAAUAUUUGUACAUAACUCAACAAUGUAUUCUCCAUUUACUAGUUAUUACAUUAGCAUCAUUUGGGCUAAGAAAGAUCUAUGCAUUUUGUCACAAGUCUUGGGUAAUGAUCUUUUUUGCAGAUCAUUUGUGCUUGUGAGAUAGAUCUUGGAGAAUUGCAUUGGGAUUUUUGCAGCUGUUGAAGUACAUUGAGACUUUGCUCCUGACAGUUUUUUUUAUUUUUUUUAUUUUAUCAAAGUAUGUGUGUAAUGUCAUAUGAUAUUGCUCAACACGUCCUGAGUCAUUGGUUCAUUAAUUUAUGAGUAAUGCCAUAUAAUUCCUGUACAUUUUGUGCAUUGAAAACGAAUCAGAACCUGAUGAAACAGGAUAAGUACAUUUAGUCAGUCAAAAUGUUAUUCUUGGAUAUAGUUUUAUUAAACUAGUUAACAGCUUUUUCACAUGACAAAGGUACAAAGUGUCAUACCUGGAAACUUGUCAUUGUAGUUUUGUUUGUACAAUUGGCAUAAUUUUUUAUGUCAAUUUGAAUAUUAUAGAUGGCCAUACAAUGAAAUUCCAGUUUAUGGUGUAGUUAUGGUGUUCUAACCAUGAAAAUAGACAUUUCAUGACUAAAAGCACAGCUUGCUGAGUGAACUGCAAUUUCUACCCCCUUUCCCACGUACCAUCGUGGAAAUGUUUACUACAGUGUAGUCAACUUCUGCUGCUUUUGGAGUUAGAGGUUUCGGCAAUUUAAAUUUAAAUUUCAAGAAGCACCUUACUAGGAAAAGGUUUUGUACAUUAGCAUUCUUGGAGUAACAAUAGCAGUAUAGUAGUUAGCAUGUUAUUUCAGGGGAAAUUUUAAGUCUGUUUGGGAUUGAUAUAAUUUAAUCUGUAUUUUGUAGUUUUACAUUUAUUUUUAUUUAAGCUAAAAAUUAUCUUGAAUUUAACCUAGAAAGUAGUGAUAAUAGAUAACCUUUUAAUCUACCAUAAUAUGUAUAUGGGACCUACAUAUGUAUCAUGUAACUGUUUUUCAAGCACAAGCUUUUAGUUAAUAUCAUAGAAUGAUUUUCAGUAAACAGUGGAUGAAAUAGAGUAAUGGUUAUCAUAAGGUAUUGAUCAAUAUAAUGUUAUGGUGACCCUGGUGCUAUUAAAAUCUAUAUAGGCCAAAUUUUAGUUAUCCACUUAUAGUAGAAUUUUCUCACCAGUGUAAAGAUACCUGUUCUGUGUAGUAUCUCAAUUAAUGUGUAUGUACAUAGCAUUAGUUGAUACAGAAACAAUGGACAAAGUCCAUUGGUUACAGAAUUGUCCAUUUGUUGUUACCAUCGUGACAAAACAAUCUCAUCUCUAUCCACUAUUAAAUUGAGGGUUUACUGUACUGUAAUAUCUUGUGUUAUCUGUAUAUUGAAAAAAAGGGGGGUGGCUUGUGCUGCAAAUGUUAAAGUAUUAUUUCAAAUUUUACAAUAUCAAACUUAAUUUUUUUGGAAGUUGUUUUCAGUUCAUAAGACUAUUGAGAAAGGUUAAACAGAAUCAAAAUAUUGGAGUGUAUCGGUUAAGACUUUCACUCAUAAAUUUAUGUAUUUUUGCCACUAUUAUAUAGAAAAUAUUUUAUUCUUUAUUUUUUUUUAUAGGGCAAAGAUAAUGAUUUUCAGAAUAUUAACUUGUCAUUGUAUGAUUAUAUCAGUCAGAUAUGACUUUUGUUUUCCUAAUAGUUAUUACAUAUAAAAUAUUUAUAUACAUGGUUUUAUACAAUUGAUAAUUAUAAAUUAUUAUACAAUGUCAUCACAAAUAUGACAAGCCUUUUAUAAAUUGUCUCCAGAUUUGCUUUGCAGAAAUUUACUAUAUUUGGCAAUUUGACUGCAAAAGUUUUGCCAUAGUGAAUGGUGAUGUGCCAUAGUAACCCUUUUAUAAAGCAGUUUAACAUGUAUAUUUGUGCAAGAGCAUGAUUUGCAAAAUAUUUUAUUGUUCAGAUUCAAAUGCCAUAGAUUGCAUUAUGGUUUACAUUCAUUUAUAUGACAGAAUUAUUUAAAAUAAAAUUAACAAAAAGUGUGUCUGAAUAAUUUUUUUUUUCACAAGUUGUACAUAGUUAAGGUUGCAGUCUCUUCUUUUGUAGAGUUUAGAAGGUACUGAUUGGAAGUAACCUAUAGUAUUUUUGUAUAAAUUGGAAGGGAAAAAAAAAAAUGACAAAACUCAAGAGUGAAGACUGGCAGGGAUAAAAAUAAUUGCAAAUGUAGAGUAUAAACCAUAUUUAGUAAUUUUAUUUUUGCACUAGAAUGACUGAGGAUCUUCCUUUGUGUGUGUUGACUGUUGCUUUUUUCUUUACAUAUUGUCUUGCUUUUUUUUCUGAUAAAUGAAACGAGGGAAAAAGUUGAAAAAAAUUAUUACAAGGGCACAAGCUCACAGUAACAUGAAGCAGAAUUUAUAGUAUGCAUCUGCAUGCCUCUGGCAAGACAGUAAUAGUGUGAAUGAUAGUGAAAGUGUUAGGCUUGCCGACACUAACAAUGCUCUUUUCUGUCACGUCAGAGAUCAUAGCCAUCCUAUUGACUGGUCCUGCUAAAACUGUCUUCCCUACUUCCAACUCGAACAGUCGCCGUCUAGUUGAAUCCUCUCUAAUACACAACUUUCCUUGUAUGAACCUUAGCCCUGGCUUCGUCUCUGUAGAUGCCUUCCUCUCCCACUACAUUGUAAAAUGCUCCAAACUUCAGAACACCCGUGACUUAACCUGAAUCCUCAUUUUUUCUUUCUUUUUCUUCUUCCUCUUCCCCUUUCCUAUUUCCUUUCUCCUCUGGGUUGUCUUUCUCUCUCCUGUCUCUUGUUUCUGUUCCUUCUUCAUUUAUUAUAUUUCACCACUUCCCCUUUCACGCACCUCUGUGCGAUUGCUCUCCCUCUGUGGGCAUCUAGCUCUCUUGCAGUGCUCCCCUUCCUUUGUUUUUGACUGGCUCGUCAUCCUUAUUUCCCACUUCUACCACUACUACUACCUCUUCUUCUACUACUACUACUACAACUACUGAUGAAAUUAAGACACAUGUGCGGCGUCUGGUUGACUUUGUUGUGGACGUUUCGCCAUCCAGUGGCUGGCUGGCUGGCGAAACGUCUAUGAUGGGGAUGCCCGGGUGUUGUGCAUGUGUCUUAAUUUCAUCUUGUCGGUAUUAUAUACAUUUCUUGUACUACUACUACUACUACUACCUCCACCUCUUCCUGCCUAUAUAUAGCCGUUCUGCUCCACUUCUGUUAGUGUGACUUUGUCAAUGGUCCAAGUCGGACCGAAACGUCGUCGUAAGCUUCUCUCUUUUAUGUGCGGAUUAUUUGUGUAUCGUUCCAGUCACGGUAUUGUGCCUUUUUGUUAUUUAUUUAUAGUGAAAGUGUUGCUUGUGAAGAAAUGUCGCACGAGCUUCAUGGUUACAAAAACAGUAUGUCAGUCACUGAUUGCAAAGGUGUACUGUUAACAGUAAUGAAGAAAGUGAGAGAGAGACGGCAUGUAAAUGAUAAUGGUUGAGGUACACUUGCAGAGCAAAAUCUUUGAGACAAUGUUUCUCCUCUAUUUUAUUCACAUGGAAGAGCUAAACGUGUAGAGGUUUAGUGCCUUGGGAAUGAGAAGCAUUUAGGUUUGAUCCAAGGAAGGGGAGGUGAAGUCCAGUUCCUUGGAUCAACAUGUUUUACCUGUACAACAGGCUUCUUUUUUUGAAGCUAAUGAAAAGUUUAUUGGCAAUAUUUGUCUUGCUAAAAGUUUCGCUCAGCAUUUUGUUCAACUUGUGAAGAAAAAGAAAAGUUACACAAAAAGCUUUUAUUGUGGCACCAUUUUGAUCUAUGUAGAGAUUUACAUUAAUGACUAUUAAAUAGAGUUCUACAUAGAGCAAAACAUCACAAUAAAGGAAAAUUCACGCACUGGUCUCCAGUCAGGAAUUCAGUUAAGAAAUUUUAUGUUAACAGUAGUGGGUCUGGUCAGAUUGCUGAGACAAAUCCUUUUGCUCCUCGCGCAUUUAUUAUUGUGUGAAGUCUCACUUUAUAUGUGUAAUGUGUGUGUAGGGAUAUUUUGCAGUUUGGCAUGCUUCUGGCAAGACAGUGAUAUUGAGAAUGACAGUGAAAUUUUCUUUUGGGUUACCCUUCCUUGGUCAGAGACGGCUGGUGCGUUUAGAAGUAUAUGCUUUUUUUUUUCAAUGAACCAGCCUUAUCCCACCGAGGCAGAGAUCUAUACAUAUAUGCAUACACACCAACCACGGGGAAAAUGAAGUUGCCGUAGAUUUUUUGUGCUGUUGAUUGCAAGCCCAUCUGUAGUGAAAGGAAAUGGAAUGUGAAAUUGCAAUAGCAAUCUAGACACAUGUACAGGAACACAGAAAGUCUCUCUCUGGACUGAACUGUGUUUCCAGAUGCAUUUCCUUUCAUUGCAUUGCUCCUGAAGAUGCAAUUUGCAACAUUAAAGACCUAGAUCAACUUCAUUCCUUAUUCUUCCUCCUGUUCUUGUUGUGCAUUUUUGAUUGCUUAUUUGCAUUUUUUUGCUCUCUCCCUCUCUCUUGAAAUAUAUGUAUAUUACACUAUAAUUUUUUAUAUGACCCUCUUACAUACAAGUUUUUGUAAAUAGAUUGAAUCCAAAUGCUUGUACUGAAGAUUGUACUAUUCAAGUACUUUUUAUGGCUCCUCUGCAUUAAUAAGUUUUGCUUCUUUAUGUGAUUUUAAUGUGUAAAUGACAAUAAAGCAAAUACUGGUACUGUAAUUUUGUGUGUAUGAUACAUGACUGAGUAGGCUAGAGCAACUGCUACUUGACUUAAUAGGCUGAAAUAGCUGUUAUACAAUUGUGAAUUAGUUGGAAUAGGUACCUUGUGAGAAGUAGACUGAAAUAGCUACUUUCAUGGCUGUGAAAGUAGCAUUUGUUUCCCUCUAAACAUGCACACUGUCUAGGUUUUUCCUUUUGCACCAUGCCAGCUUUGGGGAAGUGAGAGUUACAAUGACUGCAAGUUUUGCUGAGGUACCUAGGUACCUGUUGAGCAUGACAAGAUUUCCUUUUUGUAUUAGUACAUCAGAUGUCAGAUACUUAGUGAAUAAUAUUUUACAUUCAUAUUACUUAAAGAGAGAGAUGCUGAUAUUGUAUGAGAAUCAAUUGUCCAUUCACACAAGCAGAAGGUGCCCUUGUGCUGGUAAAGGACUCCAUCUAAGAAAUUGGAAAUACUCUCCACUUACUUCAUGAAACCUGAUUACCCCUACCUAUAUUACCCUUUUCUUUUACUUCCCAUGAAUGUACUAUUACUACUAUUAGUAAUACCAGUGCACCACAGCCUGAAAACAUUUUAAACAAUCUUUUUCAUAAUUAUUGGGCAGGCAGUAAAGGCCAUACUGCAGUCUUAAUUCUGUUACAAAAUCUACCUAGAUUGGUUUAGGACCUAUGAGUGCAUAUUGAAAUUCCUUGUGAAUGUGUGUGUAUUGAAAUCACCCAAGUGUCCACACAGGUGUGGAACAUUAAUGCUGCCACUACACACCAGUAUGAAUGAAGGUCUUAUGAUCCUAUUACUGGAAACCCAUAUUGUCCUUGUUAGCUCUAAAAAUUGAUAUAUGGUGAUGGGGGGGGGGGGGAGCUGCCUUCACAAACCCCCCUUGACAAACAGUUUUAAAGAUAUUUAGAUAUGUCACCAGUAUGGACAUUUGGUAGAUUCCUGUAAAAAAAUUUCUUCCAUCAUAUUACAUAUACAGUGUGUACGUUUGUAUUUCAAGUAAACAAUAGCUUUUAAAAUGAAAAUGCAAGGAACAUUAAGUGGAAUGAAAUGAGUCAUUUUGUGAGUUUUUUAACAACUUUUAGCAGGUCAUGAUUUUUUUUUUCUGGUGUUAUUUAGGAGUUUGUCUUGUUUAAAUGACUAAUGUGGGUAUUUUUAUUUGAUGUUCAAUAAUUACUUUUUUGUAUAUUCUGGGAGUCCAGUGUUCAUUCUUGAAAAAUGAGUUUUAUGGCAUAGGGUCAAAGGAAAGUCUGUGUCACCUAUCCAUCUCAGGAGUGACAGUUGUCUAUUGUAUUCUGCUAUACCAGGUGUAAUUUAUUUCUGCCUGGGUGUGCAAAAUAUAGUAUAAAUAAAGAGCAGGGUGGUGU